AGGCAGUGUUUUAGGAAUCUUGGCUACUCUUGUAAGCAUUACCAAUAACAACAAUAAGAUUCAUUGUUUUUGUUCUCACAGUAACUUGACGUUUAAUCAAGAAGUAUCUUGUGUCGGUAAUAGAAUAAAAUCGUUUUUUGUAGACGAAAAAGUCACGUUAGGACAUAAUGAGUGGAAAAAUUGUUCCUAAUGUAAAGAAGGUCGCACUCAGAAAAGUGGUUGAUCAAAUAUUGGCUUCUAUGUCUCAAGAGGAUCGACUGCGUCAGUCUAAAGUUAUUGGGGACAAAAUACUGAGCCAUCCGAAAUACAAGGAAGCCAAACGAAUUGCUCUUUUCUUAAGUCUACCUUCAGAGGUAAACACUGAGCCGAUUCUUCGUGACAUUCUGUCUCGUGGGGACGCCGCCUUCGUUCCCCAGUACUCUAAGGGGAAGAUGAGGAUGUUGAGAGUACUACCGGGUGACCUGGAAGCCAUGCCUGAGACCAGCUGGGGUAUCAAACAACACGCGAAGGACGUAGUGAGAGAAGACGCCCUUGAUAACGGCGGUCUAGAUCUAGUCAUAGCUCCAGGAGCAGCCUUCACCGCUGCCGGGUGGCGCCUCGGCCACGGGGGGGGCUACUACGACCGCUACUUGGCUGAGCUGAAGAGGCGUCACGCGGAGGGGUCUGGUGCGUUCGUUGACCCCUACAUCCUGGCUGUGGGGUUCAAGCAGCAACUGUUUGAAGAAGUGCCUGUGGACGCACAGGAUGUGAAGGUGGAUGAGGUGGUUACUGCUGACUAAUGAAUAAGUGAAAAAAUAUGUUUAUCAGAUUAUGUAUUUUUUUAAUUAAAAAUAUUUUGUAAAUUUA